AUGACAUCAAUCGAUAUUACAGAUCCAGAAAUUAUAAAGAAUGUUAAAUUAGUUCAAGAUGGUUCAAGCGAGCACCGUUGGGUUGCUUUUGGUUAUGUUCCAAAAUCAAAUAAUAAAUUAAAACUCUAUGACUAUGGUCCAGGUGAUUUAAAAGAAUUAAGAGAAGAGUUAGGAGAUUCAACCAUUAGAUUCGCCUAUAUGAGAUACAGUAUCAAUAAUAUGCCAAAAUUUGUUUACAUUGCUUGGUGUGGUGAUGGUGUCAAUGGUCCAAUCAAAGGUUCAUUCUCUGGCCAUGCUAUUCAAUUUGGUACCCAUCUCAAACCAGUUCAUCAUCAAUUAAAUGCUCGUAACGAAGAUGAUCUUGAUGAAAAAGCUAUUAUCGCUUCAUUAACUAAAGCUACUGGUGCUAAUUACGAUAGUGGUGCUAAAGUUCAAGGUGCUACCAAAGCUUUUGUUCCAUCAUCUGUUGCUCAAGGUAGAGAAAGUGCCACCAAAUCAAAUGCUGAAGUUAAAAACUUUGUUAAUAAAAAUGAUUACAACAAGAUUAAUGAAUCUGCUGAAUACUGGAAAACUCAACAACAACAACAACAACAACAAGCUCCAGCUCCAGCUCCAGUUGCUAAAGCUGCACCAUCUAGAACCGUUGCUAAUAAAUUCCAAGAGCAAGCAUUAAAACCAGCCCCAGCUCCAGCCCCAGUUCAAAAACCAGCUCCAGCAAAGAAUGUAUUAAAUCGUUUCCAACCAGUUCAAAGUACACCAGUCUCUGCCCCACCACCAUCUCGUCCAUCAAAACCAGCUCCAGUUGUUCGUCAACCAGAACCAGAACCAGAACCAGUUUAUGAAGAACCACAACAAACAUAUGAAGAGCCACAACAAACAUAUGAAGAACCACAACAAACAUAUGAGGAACAACAAUACGACCAACAACAAUAUGAUCAACAACAAUAUGAUCAACAACAAUAUGAUCAACAACAAUACGACCAACAACAAUACGAGCAACCACAAGAAGAACAACAAUACGACGAACAACAAUAUGAUCAACAACAAUAUGAUCAACAACAAUAUGAACAACCACAAGAAGAACAACAAUAUGAUCAACAACAAUAUGAUCAACAACAAUAUGAGCAACCACAAGAAGAACAACAAUAUGAUCAACAAGGUUAUAAUGAUGGUUAUACUAGAGUUAAAGCUUUAUAUGACUAUGUCGGUGAAAACGAAGGUGAUUUAUCAUUUAAAGUUGGUGACAUUAUUAUUGUUUUGGAUCAAAGUGACCCAGAUGGUUGGUUCCAAGGUCAACUUGAUGAUGGAUCAAACGGCUUUUUCCCAAGUAACUUUACAGAAUUCAUUUAA